AUGGCGCGGCCGGACGAUGAGGAGGGGACCGCGGUGGCGAACGGACACCCGCCCGCGAACGGAUACCUCCCGGUCCCGGGGGACACGCCGGCCGGAAAGGUGAGCGCGGAGACGCAGAACGGGCCCACGGCCGGCUGCCUGGCCUUGAGCGGGGUUUCUCAGGACAGCCCCAAGGCCGCCGCCUCGGGAACCCCGGACGGGCCGAAGACUCCGCUGGCCCCGGAGGAGGAGACCCAGGCCCGGCUGCUGCCCAAGGACCCGGGCGAGGAGACCCCGGGGGGCGAGGGCACCCUGGUGCCCCGGAUCGCGCUCUCCCCGAGGCGCUUUGUCGUGCUCCUGAUUUUCAGCGCCUACUCCCUGGUGAACGCCUUCCAGUGGAUCCAGUACAGCAUCAUCAGCAACGUCUUUGAGGGCUUCUACAACGUCUCCUCGCUGCACAUCGACUGGCUGUCCAUGGUGUACAUGCUGGCCUACGUGCCCCUCAUCUUCCCGGCCACCUGGCUGCUGGAUACCAGAGGCCUGCGGCUCACCGCCCUGCUGGGCUCCGGCCUCAACUGCCUGGGCGCCUGGGUCAAGUGCGGCAGCGUGCAGCAGCAUCUCUUCUGGGUCUCCAUGCUGGGCCAGUGCCUGUGCUCCGUAGCCCAGGUGUUCAUCCUCGGCUUGCCCUCCCACAUCGCUUCAGUGUGGUUUGGGCCCAAGGAAGUGUCCACAGCUUGCGCCACCGCCGUGCUAGGGAAUCAGCUUGGAACUGCAGUUGGCUUUUUGCUGCCACCAGUUUUAGUGCCCAACACACAGAAUGACACGCAACUGCUUUCUUGUAAUAUCAGCACCAUGUUUUAUGGAACAUCAGCUGUCGCCACACUUUUAUUUAUUUUAACAGUAAUUGCAUUCAAAGAAAAACCUCGGUAUCCUCCAAGCCAGGCUCAAGCAGUUCUCCAAGACAGUCCACCUGGAGAGUACUCCUAUGUGAAAUCAAUAAGAAACCUAUUUAAAAGCAUUCCUUUUGUCCUUUUAUUGAUCAGUUAUGGUAUCAUGACUGGAGCAUUUUAUUCGGUCUCAACAUUAUUAAAUCAAAUGAUACUGACACAUUAUGAGGGUGAAGAAGUGAAUGCUGGAAGGAUUGGACUAACACUAGUAUUAGCUGGAAUGGUGGGAUCUAUUCUUUGUGGCUUAUGGCUGGAUUAUACCAAAACAUACAAACACACUACUCUGACCGUUUACAUUCUGUCUUUUGUUGGAAUGGUCAUCUUCACUUUCACACUGAACCUUGGACAUAUUAUCAUCGUGUUUGUCACUGGAGGGUUGCUUGGUUUCUUCAUGACUGGUUACCUCCCCUUGGGUUUCGAAUUUGCUGUUGAAAUCACUUACCCUGAGUCUGAAGGGACUUCAUCCGGUCUUCUCAAUGCUGCUGCACAGAUAUUUGGAAUCUUAUUCACAUUGGCUCAAGGAAAGCUUACAUCAGCGUAUGGUCCUACAACAGGGAACAUUUUCCUCUGUGUUUGGAUGUUUGUAGGCAUCAUUUUAACAGCAUUAAUCAAGUCCGAUCUGAAAAGACACAAUAUAAAUAAAGGAAUUACAAAUGGUGAUGUUAAAGCUGUACCAGUUGAUAGCCCCACAGAUCAAGAAUCAAAAACUAUCCUGAUGUCCAAACAGUCAGAGUCAGCAAUUUGA